UAUUUUCAUACAAUUUUGUGUAAGCUCGCUGCAAAUGAUUAAAACCCUUCCCUUUGUAAGUAAAGUAAAGCACAAGAAUGCGCCCCGUGUCAGGCCCGCGCGGACGUCAGCAGCAUGAACUCGGCAUUGACGUACACGAUGGAGGUGCCUGGUGUGUCACACGCGUUGCUCUCGCUAGAGGAAGAUAAUCGUUAACACUUUCUCUCUCUCUCUCUCUCUCUCUCUCUCUCUCUCUCUCUCUCUCUCUCUCUCUCUCUCUCUCCUUGUCUCCCAAUUCAUGUCUCCCAUGUUUUCUACUUACAAUUGUUUUUUUUUGUUUCUGCUCUGUAGUCCGAUACAGCAACACAUCCGUGCGCAUUUUGUUAUUUAUUUCUGUCCGCACCAACAGUUGUGCGGAGAGGUGAUGGUUUUGUUUGGUGCCGAACGGCCAAACGCUGCUACGAACUGCGUAGAUUCCUAUCUACUGAGAAGCGGGUUUUUCCUCCUGUUUUUGUUCCGGUCGUUAAGGGGGGGGGGGGGGGGGGGGUUGAGGCUUUCCGGCAACGGCUAAAAAGCAAAAAUGAAAUGAUGGAGAACGAAUCAUCUCCCUAUCUCCUGGCAGGAUGAAACCAAAACCGCACAUAUAAAAGGUUUCGCCGGCAAGUGUGUUGCAUCGAUUUGGCUUCUGUAUGUGUGUGUGUGUGUGUUUGUGUCGGGUGCGCCAAGUUGUAAUGCGAAGCAUUGGGGGACACUUGAGACGCAUUGAGGGUUUGGGCGCAUUUUGCUUGGAUGAGGAAUAGAAAUGGCGCGCCGAAGUGAGAAAGAGUGAGAGAUAAAUCGUCGAUGAGUCGCGCUAGUAAUUGAUUUCUAAUUAUAGCCCCCCUCCGAAACGAAACCAAAAGCAAACAACACAACGUGAAAUCAUCCGUAUCUGUGUGUGUUCGGUUGAUGCUUUUAGUUUGAUUUGUAGAGAGAAAGGUGCAGAAGAGAGAGAGAGAGCAGAGGAUAGAGAUGCUUAGAUGACAGCUGGGACGUGUAUGCUUGAAACAUUGUUUUAAUUUAAAUGCUUUCGAAUUAUGACAUAAUAAUCAAAAUGUAAUAACAGCCACUGUAUCUAUCAGACGGUUGAUAGGAAUUCCACUUUGUGUUGGUUUUAGCUGCCUGUGGGAUCAACAUUGUGGGAUAUUUAGUUAAGAAUCCAAAACAGAAGCAAUCCAAGCAAUCCAAAACAGAAGACCCUGUUAUGCAACUGCAUCAAUGUGCCAUUCCACUACCUCGUUGCUUUGCGUGCAAAAUAACAAAAACAAAAGCACAAAUGACGAUGCAAAAACAAUCCGCAAUCUGAGAGGUGCAAUCGACAAACACAGUGCUGCACCAUUAAUUGCUGCACACUUUAAACAUGGCCCUUUGCUGGUAUCAUUUUGCACUGAUAAGUCCAGUUCUCAGUAGGUCCAGUUCCGCGGAAUUAAUGGGGCAGCGCACUUUUGCCACCAGUCACACACGAUUUAUGAUCCUGGCUUCUAAAUACAGAGCCUCUUGUUCAAGGUUUUGAUUGCACGAGAUGUGCAGUGGGGUAUUAUAAAUCCCUGGACCUGUCGGAACUUGUCACCGGAAUGGCAGCGAAAUGGUUCUGGUGGUGUGGUCCCCUUUCGCCACUUGAUUGUCCACACUAACGAUCGUGCUGCCGUGGGACGGGCCCACGUGAGUGUGUCGGGUUGAUAGGUUGUUUGCAAAACCACCACCACCAUCACCAGAAUCGCUCUCUGGUUUGGUGGUAACUAACACUGCUGGACGCUACGUCAAGGAUCGGGGUGCGGUGCGCUACGGUGAACGGUGCAAUCUUGUAAACAACCUACUAACCCACACACACACACCGCUGCAUUGGAGUCUAAACAACUGUAAGUCCUCCCUUUCUACAUGAUCGGAUACUACGCCUUAACCUUGCCCGUAUCGAUGCCGUAUCUCGCCGUGUUGGGCGGACAAUUAGAAUAGUUUCCGCUUCGAUUAUUGGUGAAAUUUUUCGGAACAGACAUGGAGAAGAUUGUUUUUCUGUUAAAGUAUUUAUAAUACAUUUGCUUCCGCUUGCUCGGAAUAGUUUGCUGGAGCUACCGUACUCUUUGCAAGCAACGGUAUCAGCAUCCAACCACCGUCAAUAUUGACACUCACGGGAUGACGGAGCACCUUGUUGACGGUUCAUAACGAAAGGUCGAACAAAAUUCCCCCGCCACACUCUGCUCCGUUACGGACGGCUGUGAUCGGGCGAUAGUGCGGGCGCCAUUCAUUGAUGCAGGAGAUGGAACGCGUGCGCGCGCACACUCGCCCUCACGCCAAACUAAUCGCACGAUUAUCACCGGGCCCUCGUGUCUCGCGCACACCUCUCGCAGGCAGAGGAAGUGGAUUGCGUUUAGCCCGACACGCUCUAGCGCGAGGCUGCCCGAGCCUGCCACUAUCAGUAGUGUACCGUGUCUCCCUGCGCACCGGUCGCAUCCUGGUCGUCCUCCGUUACAACUUCAAAGUAUCUUUGCAAUGAAUAGGGACGGUGGUGCAGCGACUUGCAGUAGCGAGAAGAUCCGUGAACAAUGCAAGGAGCUCAUCCUCACAGACAAACAGAUCGAGGAGAUUAUGCGACGGGUGAUCAAGGAAAUCAACCGGGGGCUGAGCAAAGAGACGCACGCCGAAGCGGACGUCAAAUGUUUCAUCACCUACGUACAGGACCUGCCAAAUGGGAAAGAGAAGGGUAAAUUUUUGGCCCUGGAUCUCGGCGGCACCAACUUCCGGGUGCUGCUGAUUCACCUGAAGGACGAGAAUGACUUCGAGAUGCUGUCGAAGAUAUAUGCCAUUCCACAGAGCAUUAUGCUCGGCAGUGGGACGCAGCUCUUCGACCAUAUUGCCGAAUGUUUAGCCAACUUUAUGAAGGAACACUCCGUGUACGAGGAACGUUUGCCGCUAGGAUUCACAUUCUCAUUCCCGCUAACGCAGCUGGGCCUCACCAAAGGUAUUCUUGCCCGGUGGACGAAAGGUUUCAACUGUUCCGGUGUCGUCGGCGAGGACGUCGUGCAGCUGCUGAAGGAUGCGAUCGCCAGACGCGGGGACGUACAAAUUGAUAUCUGUGCCAUCCUGAACGAUACGACCGGCACACUGAUGUCCUGUGCGUGGAAGAAUCACAACUGCAGAAUAGGACUGAUUGUCGGUACGGGCAGCAACGCGUGCUACGUCGAGCGAGUGGAAAACUGCGAUCUCUUCGAUGGGCCCAAAUCGGGCCCGAACAUUAAGCAGCACGUGAUGAUCAACACCGAGUGGGGCGCGUUCGGCGACGACGGUGCGCUCGACUUUGUCCGCACCGAGUACGAUCGCGAGAUCGAUCAGCACAGUAUAAACCCGGGCCGGCAGCUGCAGGAGAAGAUGAUCUCGGGCAUGUAUAUGGGCGAGCUGGCCCGUCUGGCGAUAGUGCGGUUCACGAAGGCGGGCCUGCUGUUCGGUGGCGUCGGGUCGGACAUUCUCUUCAAGCGCGGCCAGUUCUUCACGAAGUACGUGUCGGAGAUCGAGUCGGACAAACCGGGCACCUACUACAACUGCCGGGAGGUGCUGGAGGAGCUCGGGCUGGAGCACGCGACCGACGAGGACUGUGCGAACGUGCGCUACAUCUGCGAGUGCGUCUCGAGCCGGGCGGCCCAUCUCGUGUCCGCCGGCAUUGCGGCACUGAUCAACAAAAUGGACGAACCGAGCGUGACGGUCGGCGUGGACGGUUCCGUGUAUCGUUUCCAUCCCAAGUUCCACGAUCUGAUGGUGCAAAAGAUCCGACAGUUCGUCAAGCCGCACAUUUCCUUCGACCUGAUGCUGUCGGAGGACGGUUCCGGUCGCGGCGCAGCCCUGGUGGCGGCCGUCGCCUGCCGCGAGGCACAGUAAGCGCGGGAGCGUUCCGCCUGUUUGUGGUUUCGCAUAGAAAAAAGGGCGCCGAGACGAAGAAACGAACCGACACUACCUUACACUAGAAUCGCACCGGCGCACGCGCGCGCACGUGUUUUUGUGUCCAGUAUGGAUGGUGCACUCAUGUCGCUGAGCAAACCGUUCACACCGUUACUCGCAGCAUUGCAAAUUUUGCGCAGAAAGGAUCCGUUGGACUGCAACUGUGAGCGUACCAACACCGUCUCCUCACACUCAACUCAGUCAGCGCUUGACUGCGGCAUGCGUCGUGCGAUAUAGUUGCGUUCACUCUUCUCACCCUAGCGUAACUAGUGAUUUAUAGAACAUAUUAUAUUUACAGACACACACACACACAAACAUACAUAUUAUAUAUAUAUAGUGAAAGUGAAACCAUGUUGAUCAGUGAGUAGGCAAGCGCAAAGAGAUUGCGCAUCAUUUUAUUAGCAAAACCCCCAUGCGAAGCGUAGCUUCCGUGCUCCCAUGUCCUAAAAACAUACCCCACCAUUUAUUCUAACCCGCGGUAAUCACAAGCGUUGGUAAGCAAAACGCUUGGUACCUUUGGCAAAACAAAAAGUUGUUAAAAAUGUGUCCCUGCCACGUGGAGAGGAAGCAGGUGCAAACGCCCAUGUUCCUGUUUGGGAAGGGAAUUGUGUGCAAAAAAGGCAAACUUAGGCGAAGCAAUGGCAUUGAUGGAAAGCGUGGUGUAAGCGCUUUUCGAGGCUGUUGUCAAUGCUGGUUUCGAGAGCCAGGGCGAGCGUGUUGCUCUGUGGGCACAGCCCAUUCAUUGCCAUAAACAAGACGCGUCGUCUGUUAGCUAAUAUUGUCCACUAUUUUGGAAGGGUGAGCUAGAUGCUAUAGAUUCGUUACAGCAACGCGCGAUGGUGAUUGUAGAUCGGUGUGUGGAUGUGUGUUCGUACGUUUCAGUUCCCAAAAUAAUAGCACUAAUGGUUACGCCAGUUACAACAACGACAGAAUGGUGGGAAAACACGUGCGGCAUCGUUUCUGUAGCAGUUGGAAGAAAGCACGCGAACACACGAUUAUUGUGGCCAACGGAGGGUGCGUGCGCGCGUGUGUGUUUGUUUAUUUUUUUUUCAUUUGAAUUAGUUUAGUAGAUGUGUACAUUUGUUUUAAAUUAGUUAAAAUUAUUAAUGUUGCUGUAUUUCUCAGUUUUUUUUGUUUCAUCUGCGGAAUAAGAAGAGCGAGAAUGUGGCAGUGCUUGUCGGAAGCGCGCAGUCGGAGAAAACGGGGUGAGGGAAAGAGGUAUGCUUUCGGUCGAGCUGAACUGGGUCCGAAAGACAGGGAUUAAUGGGUGUUGAAGCAUAUAGGGCGUAUCAAUACAUACAAUGAUAAGUUUAAAAAGAAAGCUGCAAAAAAAAACAAAUAAUUAGUGUAGAAAUAAAACAAAAAAGCAGUAGUAGUAUCACACGCUAAAAACAAAACAAAACAGGAUCAGGCAGCAAAGUGCAUACAACAAAAAUAAAACAAUAUACAAGCGUGCGUGUAUGAAGCUGUAAUAAAGUAGAGGAAUGUGAAGAGGAAAA